CGGGAGCGAUGGCGGCGGGGCAGGCGCGGGGCGAGCGCGGCUCGGCCGUGGUGGAGCUGCCCCGCGCGCCGCGGCUGGUGUGUGUGGAGUACCCGGGGCUGGUGCGCGAUGUCCAGGCCAUGCUGCGGACGCUGGGAGGAGAGCAGGGGGUGUCGCGGAUCUAUGCGGACCCUGCCAAGAGGCUGGAGCUGUAUUUCCGCCCCAAGGACCCUUACUGCCAUCCCGUGUGUGCCAAUCGCUUCCCCGCCUCCACCGUGCUGCUCAAGGUGAAGGGGAGGACCAAGAAGAAGAAGCAGCAGAUGGACACCGAAGAACAAAUCCAGCCAGAAGUCCAGUUUGAAAUGGAAAUUCUUGGGACCGUUGCCACUGUUUACACAUUUCAAGAUGUUCUGAAAAAGAAUUUUGCACUGUACUUUGUGCAGAGCUUUCCAUCCCUUCUGGAGAGCAGACUGGCUGCUUCAUGAAUAUCGUCUGU